AUGAAAAUUUUGGGGUUGACAGUUGACGAUAAGCUUACAUUUACUGAGCACAUUAAAUUAACAUCCAAAAAAGUGCAAAGCCUCUACCGUCAACUGUCAACCGCCGCAAAAUUGUCGUGGGGUCUGAACCCCGAGAUCGUCAGAACCAUAUACGUCUCGGUAGUGGAGCCAAUCAUCCUCUACGCGGCCAAUGUGUGGGCGCCGGCGACACGGAAGAAGACCACUCAGAAGUUGUUAAACCGGGUGCAGCGCGGGUUUGCACAAAAAAUCGUGAGGGCCUACCGGACGGUCUCUCUAAACGCUGCCCUGACACUCGCUGGGUUGCUUCCUCUGGACCUCCGGGUCCAGGAGGUGGCCCAUCUUUAUGAAAUAAAGAAGGGUCACUCCCAGCGAGUGUUGGGGGAUCGAGAUUUGGAGAGGCCGACCGAAUAUACGAAGACCCAGCAUCCCGCCCACCUGGAAGGGCUGCAGUUCGACUGCCUGACGGACGGUGAUGAAGUUGCCCAGCGAGCUGCCGUCGAUGUAAGAAUUUACACCGACGGCAGCAAAAUUGACGGCAGGGUCGGCGCGGCACUAUCCAUAUGGGAUAGUGUUGCGGAGACUAGCUGCCGGAAAUUAAAGCUGGGCAACUUCUGCACUGUAUAUCAGGCGGAACUGUAUGCCCUAUAUGAGGCCGUGAAAUUUGUGGCUAGGAGCCCCUCUAAGAGGUUUGGUAUUUACUCCGACUCGAGGUCCGCCCUCGAAUCGUUAAAGAGCGUCGACUGCCUCCAUCCCCUCGUAGGGGAAAUUAGGGAAAGAAUUGGGGAAUGCAGGAAAAGGGGGAAGGAAAUUAAAUUAUUUUGGAUAAAGGCGCACGUGGGGGUGGAGGGAAACGAAAGGGCGGACAUAUUAGCAAAAUCUGCCGCAGUCGGGGUAAAGACCGAACCUCACUACGACAAAUGCCCUGUUUCAUUCGUCAAGCGACAACUCCGUCUGGACUCGCUUGACGAAUGGAACAGGCGCUACAAAGAGGGAAUCACGGCCUCGACAACGAGGGUCUUCUUCCCUGACGCCAUUAGCGCCUACCCUACACUUCGCAAGUUGGAGUUGGACCCUGUGCUGGUUCAAGUUUUAACUGGUCACGGGGGGUUCG